AUGGGGAAGCGAAGUCAUAAAGAAACAGAGGCGGUCGAGAAGCAGUCCAACGGGGUUCGCGAUGUCAAAAGCUCAAUUCUGGUUGAUGACAAGGCUGUUGACCCAACCCUAGCCCUGCUCUUUGCCUCGAGCGCAGGACCGGUUCAACCACCUCCUAAAUCCCGUUAUGAACAGCCACCUCCACCUAAAAAUAACAAUGUCGAGGCAGACUCCGCUGAAGAAUCCGACGAGGAAGAGGCUGGGUCCGAGGCCGACGACGAUGAUUUGAGCAGUGUGGACAAAGAUCUUGAAGAUGCAAAUAUUGAAGAUCUAUCAGAUGAACCUGAAGAAUCGGAGGAGUCAGAUGAAGCCGAAGAGGAGCCCAAUCUGGACAAGCUGAUUGAGGCAUCUACCAUUAAACCUGAACGAAGUCGCAAGAGGAAGGCGGAUGAGGAAGAUUUAGAGAGCCGAUACAUGCAGCAAUUGGCGAAAGAGGAAGAAAAAGAGGAGCAGGAACGACAAGCUGAGCGACGAUCAAAGCGCCAGAGGUUAGCAGCGAAACAAGAUGCGGAUAAGUCAGAGGAGGAGAAUCUCGACGAAGACAUGGCAGAAGCUUCAGAAGACGAAAAUACGAGUGGCGAUGAUGAAUCGGAUGAAAAUACUAGGACUGCUCCAUCAGACAUUCCUAUGCACGAAUCGUUAGCGCCAAGCAAAGAUGCGGUUGAACUCGAGAAGGCCUCGCGGACAGUCUUCCUGGCCAACGUCUCUACCCUCGCAAUAUCCUCCAAAUCGGCCAAAAAGACUCUCCUAGCACACAUGGCCUCCUUCUUCCCCGAUAUCCCUGAAGCAACCGAAGGGAAGCCUGCCCACAAAGUCGAAUCUAUCCGUUUUAGAUCCACAGCCUACGCUGGAACCUCUCUCCCCAAGAAGGCGGCUUUUGUGAAAAAAGAUCUUAUGGCAGCCACAACAAAGAGCACAAACGCGUAUGUCGUCUACUCAUCCGCAUUCGCAGCCAGAGAGGCAGUCAAGCGAUUGAACGGCACCAUGGUCCUCGACCGCCAUCUCCGUGUAGAUGGAGUAGCCCAUCCAGCAAAGACAGACCACCGCCGCUGCGUCUUCGUUGGCAAUCUUGGAUUUGUGGACGACGAAAGCAUGCUUGACCAAGGCGGAGAGAAUGAGCGCAAGCGCUCCAAGAUACCAUCUGAUGUGGAAGAAGGUUUAUGGCGACAAUUCAGUAAGGCAGGAACAGUAGAGAGUGUACGAGUUGUACGGGACGAGAAGACCAGGGUUGGAAAGGGCUUUGCCUAUGUGCAAUUUCAUGACCCGAAUGCAGUCGAAGCCGCACUCCUUUUCAACGGAAAGAAAUACCCGCCAAUGCUACCCCGCAUUCUGCGCGUCGUCCGCGCAAAAGCAGUUCGUAAAACGGCGCUCGCAUCACAAGCAGCGCGGUCUGGCUCUAAAGCCCGAAACGCCAAUAAGGAACGUAUCUAUAAUCCCAAGCUUUCCUCCGAAGCGGCCUCCCUCCAAGGCCGAGCCAGCAAACUUUUAGGUAAAGCUGGAGCUGCACAGUUAAAGAAGAAAGAGGGGAGUGGCGCUAAUAUGACGGAGCUCGGGAAGAGGGGGCAGGGGCAGAAGACUGGACUUGAAGGAGGGAGUAAGAUUGAAGGUAUUGCGAAGACGCCUGAGAGUAUUGUGUUUGAGGGCUAUAGAGCAAGUGCCAAAGCUGGCAAGCCACGCUUGAAGAUUGGUAAAGGUGGGGGAAAGAAUAAGGGCAAGCCGAAGACAAGGAGUAGUAAGAGAGCGAGUGACUGGAAGAAAUCGGGUGGGAAGAAGUGA